AUGCUGUCAAGAUUGGCCCUUCGCAAUGCUCAGCUGCUGCCUGUGGCAGUACGUGGAGCACAAAGCACAUCUACAUCAGUAAUAUCCCAACAUCCUGAACGCCCCAAACGGUUAAUAUAUCCGUCUCCUGUUAGACAUGGAUUCAUACCUGAAGAAUGGUUUCAGGCUUUUUAUCCAAAAACUGGUGCAUCAGGACCUUAUGUAUUUGCCAUAACUGUGGGCACUUGGUUACUCUCCAAAGAAAUUUUUAUCAUAGACCACGAAUUUCAUAGUGGUGUGUCUUUACUAAUAAUAUGCAUAGCAAGUGUAAAAUUUUUGGGUCCCAAGGUGAGUAAAUAUUUGGACCAAGAAAUAGACGAAUAUGAAAAAUCGCUCGAACAGACCAGAGUCCUUGAAUUAGAGGGUUAUGAAGAUUUGAUUAAUCAAGAAAAAAAAGAACAGUACAACAUAGAGGGACAGAAAAUGAUAAUGGACAUUAAGAAAGAGAAUAUCAAGAUGCAGCUGGAAGCAACUUACAGAGAACGUAUGGCAAACGUUUACCAAGAGGUGAAGAAGCGUCUGGACUACCAAAUGCAGAUACAAAGUCUUGAGCGUCGAAUCGCACAGAAACACAUGGUGCAGUGGAUCAUAGAUAGCGUAUUAAAGGCUAUUACUCCUGAUCAGGAGAAAGCGACUCUUCAGCAAUGUAUCAAAGACCUUGAAGCUCUCGCUGCAAAGCCAUGAAGUAUUUAAACAGUGUGCUAUGUUAGAUAAAAUAGAAAUAUGAAAAUGUGAAAACUAGCGUCGUAAAAACUGUCUACUUCGUGUGUUCUGUCAAAUAUUUCUUCCUAUCUAAAAAAGCAUCGAGAUAUAAACAGAUGCAGCAAUGAUGUAUAAAACAAUCCUUGUUAUAUCGUUAUAAAGGAAAUUAUACAUUUUA